AAGUAAGGAGAGGCCAGGCAGAGCUCUCUAGGGAAGGGGGUGCCCAAACUAGGUAACAGACCCAUAGGGAGGACAGAGGAGCAGGGCUAGAGGUUCUGAAAGCUUGAAGCAGGGGAAGGAGAGCAAAAGGGAGCCAGAAGACAGGGAAACCUGUGAAUACAGAGUACCGGGCAACGAUGGGAACUCAAAGGCACAACCACAAGCUGCCCUUGGCCCUGGUGCUUCUGACUCUAGGGGCUGGGUGGGCUCAAGAAGGGUCAGAGCCUGUCCUGCUGGAGGGGGAGUGCCUGGUGGUCUGUGAACCAGGUCGACCUGCUGCAGGGGGACCUGGGGGAGCAGCCCUGGGAGAGGCACCUCCAGGAAGAGUGGCGUUUGCUGCAGUCCGAAGCCAUCACCAUGAACCAGCAGGGGAAACCGGCAACGGCACCACUGGUGCCAUCUACUUUGACCAGGUGCUGGUGAAUGAGGGUGGUGGCUUUGAUCGAACCUCAGGCUGCUUCGUGGCCCCUGUCCGUGGAGUCUACAGCUUCCGAUUCCACGUGGUAAAGGUGUACAACCGCCAAACUGUCCAGGUGAGCCUGAUGCUGAAUACAUGGCCGGUCAUCUCAGCCUUUGCCAAUGACCCUGAUGUGACCCGAGAGGCAGCCACGAGCUCUGUGCUGCUUCCCCUGGACCCUGGGGACCGUGUGUCCCUGCGCCUUCGUCGGGGGAAUCUUCUGGGUGGCUGGAAGUACUCAAGCUUCUCUGGCUUCCUCAUCUUCCCACUCUGAGAACCCAAGCCUUUAAAAGACAGAUAUCUAGCAUCUGGUCUUCUGUCCUGCCCUGCCCUGCCCUGCCUUGCCCCAAAAACAAGUGUCUUUGGAGCAAGAGAAAGGCACCCUCAGGCUGCCUACAGCCCACCUCCUUGCAUGAGAUCCUAUGCCAAACACCCAAGGCUAAGAGCGUAGAAUAACCAAGCUAUGGAGUUUCUAGAUGCAACACUCCUCACCCCCACCACUGCAGUUGCCCUCCCAGCCUCUGCUGCCCCUCGCCUGCCUGCAGUUCUGGCUUAGAGCAGGAUUGGCAAGAGGAGAGCCUGUACGACUUCACAGACUCCACUCCACUCCACUCCUCAUGUUCUCUGCCCUGGUUUCCUGCUCAGUGUUAUUUGGUGACAGGUGGCACAGGUAAGCCUGACAGGCUCCCACAGGGACCCAGAUGGACCAGCCUCAUAGUACCUGCAGACUCCAUCCUGUUAGGAGUGCCAGCAUGAGAGAUCUCAGCCAGCACCGUACUAACAGGGGCUGACAGCCCAACCAUAAAAAAGAAGUGUGGGGAGGGCCACCAGAGCAUCCGUAGCUGAAGAGAUAGGAUGAGGGCAUGUGCCUACCCUGAACAUGGUAAACAUUCUGCAAAUAAACUGGAACAGUCAGCA